AAACCCCGAUACUACCGGAUGAAGCACACCGCCGCACGUGGAACAAGUUUCAUAACAUCUCAAAAUUUGGAAUCGCAUUACCAAAGGACGAAUAGGUCUAGUUGGAAUUUGACGAUGUCUUCAAAAGUUAUUAUCUGUCUUCUUCGUAAUGAUUUGAGGCUGCACGAUAACGAGGUUCUGCACUGGGCAUACAAGACAGCUGAAUAUGUAUUGCCAAUAUAUUGCUUUGAUCCUCGCCAUUUCCAAGGAACCUAUCAUUUCAAUUUCCCCAAAACUGGAGCACAUCGUGCUAAGUUCCUCUUGGAAAGUGCUGCAGACCUUCAGAAUACAUUGAAAAGCAAAGGAAGUGGUUUGGUGAUAAGGAUGGGGAAACCAGAAGAGAUAGUACCACAGAUAAUACAAACUGUUGGCCAGGACAAAGUGUCUUACUUAUGUUAUCAACAGGAGGUGACCAGUGAGGAGCUUGAUGUGGAGUCAAAACUGCAGAAAACUUGUGGCGUUAAAGUACAAACUUUUUGGGGUCACACUCUGUACCACAGGGACGACCUUCCUUUCGAGAUUCAACAGUUACCAGAUGUUUACACACAGUUUCGUAAGAGUGUUGAAGGUCAGGCCAGAGUGAGGAAAUCUUUUACCCUGCCAGACACACUUAAACCCCUACCACCUGGUGUUGAGGAUGGCCAGCUCCCGACUUUAAAGGAUCUUGGUUUGAAAGACUUAACAGAGGACCCACGUUCUGUGAUAUCAUUCCAAGGAGGAGAAUCUGUUGCCCUUGACCGACUUAACCACUAUCUCUGGCAAUCUGACAGUGUGUCAACCUAUAAGGAGACAAGAAAUGGUCUUGUUGGCUCUGACUAUUCCACCAAGUUCUCUGUAUGGCUUGCCCAUGGAUGUAUCUCACCGCGCCAUAUCUACUGGGAGAUAAAGAGAUACGAAGCAGAACGGGUGGCAAACCAGUCAACAUACUGGGUCAUCUUUGAGUUACUGUGGAGGGACUACUUCAGAUUUGUGGCUUUGAAGUACGGCAAAAAAUUGUUCUUUGAGGGAGGUAUACAGGGGAAAAAUAUCCCUUGGAAACAAGACCAGAACCUGCUGAAAGCCUGGAUAGAGGGACGAACUGGUGUACCAUUUGUGGAUGCCAACAUGAGAGAGCUGGCUGCCACAGGUUUCAUGUCCAACAGAGGUAGACAGAACGUCGCUAGUUUUUUGACCAAAGAUCUGAAACUGGACUGGAGAAUGGGAGCUGAAUGGUUUGAAUCUCAACUGAUUGACCAUGAUGUGUGCAGUAACUAUGGCAACUGGUUGUACAGUGCUGGUAUAGGAAAUGAUCCUAGAGAGGAUCGCAAGUUCAACAUGGUCAAACAAGGGCUUGACUAUGAUCCUGAGGGAGACUAUGUCCGCCUGUGGUUACCAGAGUUAAACAAAGUCAGUGGUGGAGCUGUCCAUACUGUGUGGACCCUCAGUCCUGCAAGCCUGGCCAAAGCUGAAGUAUCUCUUGGGGAAACCUACCCCAACCCCAUUGUUGUGGCACCGGAAUGGAGCAGACACAUUGGCAAAUCCAAGGAAGGAGCACAUGGAGGAGGCAGCAGUAGACCCACUACACAGAAACAGAACAGAGGUAUAGACUUCUACUUCAAAGGCUCUCAGUAGAAAUAAAGAUACCCUCCAAAGGACACAGAAUCUCAGUAACAGUGAUGAUAUCGCCAAGAGAAUGAGGACAUUUGUGCCUGGUGGUACGACCCAUAAAACAAGAAUAUUUGUUCCUGGUGGCAUCACCAACAAAACAAGGUUGUUUGUCCUGGUGUGUUGUCCAAGAAUCUCUUGGAAUCAUCCAUAAUGACAGAUGUUGCGACAGUACCAUCUACAGAACAUGGACAAUUUUCCCUAGGUUCUGGGCCCAGUUGUUCAGAAGGUGAUUAGGCUAAUCACAUUUUAACAACAUUAUUCAAAUCCUGAUUUAAUAAUUUCUGGUAGAACAAGCUUGUCAAAACUUUAUGAAAUUCUGUAAUUCUAAUUCUCUUCCAAAUGGCAUAAUUUAAAGACGAUAUACUCACAGGUUUUGCAACAAAUGAGAAAUGAAUUUUUUCACUAAUCAAGUGAUUAAGCUGAUCCCCUUUUGAACAACUGGGGCCUGAUCGUGAUAUAUGAGGGCUGUAAAUAUGGUUCUAGAAGUUACCACUGUUGAGAUAAACCUUAAAUUCUGGACAGAAAUAUUUCUCAAGUGCUCGGAACACCAGAGGAGCUUAUUAAUGUGACAUUUUGGAUUGUUAGUCUGGUAUUUGUUUAGUCAUUGGUCUCACUUAUAUCAAACCAUGUGUUAGGAUGAUAGGUGCAAUACAGGUAUUGGAGGUGAAUUUGUAAAACUUCAUCUUCCAACAUAGCUGCUUUACUAUUGUAUGUGUAUUUCAUUAUUUAUAAGGUGUUAGAAACUUUAUGUUGAAUUAUUUACAAGUUUCCAUGACAUUUAGUCCCAUUAUUUGAUCGGUUGAUCACUAUACACACGUUUUGUAAUAAAUCAUUAAAUGUCAUCAAUAAAGUUGACACAAAG